UUUCUGAUCAACUACUACAAAGGCCGCUAUUUCUUGAGAGGCUUAAAAUAUUAUUGGAACCACCGUUUUUACAUUGAUUUAUUGCCAUACAUUGACGAGAUCGCAAGGCAAGCAGAAGAUGUAUAUGCUCUACACCCGAUCCCGCAGACAAGACAACCGAGAGGGUUCACCGGGCGAGACAACCUCAGUUUCUCAAACUGUGGAACGAAACUGACGUCAACAAGAAAGAAACGAGGAAAUGGCGAUUACUACGACUCUAUGUUAGACAGCGAACCAAAUCUGAUCUUUGGAAUGUUCUCCGGCACGGACGUGCUAUCUGCCAAGAAACAACCUUGGCAUGCUUAUAUUGAGAAUGAGGUGACUGGAGCAACCUGUGGUGGGACGUUGAUUUCGCCGACAGCAGUUUUAACAGCUGCACAUUGCAUUCAUGGAUCAGAAGCGGAUGACUUUAUAGUUAUUGUUGGAAUGUAUGAUAUAACACAAAUAAAAGCUAAAGCUAAUAUAGUGGUGUUCAGAGACGAAAGGUUCGCCAAGUCGGCAGACUGAUCACGCACCCAAAACAUGACCCUACGGAAUUGAUUAGUGACGUCGGACUCUUGAUAUUUAAAAAAGAAAUCAGGCCAACCGAACAUGUCCGACCAAUUUGCCUGUGGAACGAAGACUCUAGCUUGGCUCGCGUGGCUGGAACUAAAGCUACGGCGGUUGGCCAUGGUCUUGUUGAGACCUACACGUUGCCAGAUAAACUGCAAGAGCUUCGACUGCCGAUUAGAGAUCACAAAGAGUGCUACCUGUCGAAAAGGAAAUUUUUUGGAAGAUAUUUGCGGCCGGGAGACAACUUUUGUGCAGGCUACACGAACGGAACAACCACCUGCAAUGGGGACAGCGGAGGCAGCCUUUCCGUGAAAAAAGACGGUCGUUGGUUCAUCAGGGGCAUUGUCAGCUUUGGAAUGCCAAAAAUAGUGGAUUUUAAUGGCGUAGAAAGAUCGUCCUGUGACCCGAAUCAAUAUUCCGUGUUCACUGAUGUCGCAAGUUACAUGGACUGGAUCGUGGAAAACACGCCGGACAUUUCAUUCCGAAAUUAAAUGUGUAUUUUUAAGAAAAAAUCUCAAUUUUUCAUUUGAAAAUUGUAGUUUG